UGUUGCCCCCUCCCCCCCUUCUUCAUCAUCUCCACAGACGACACUUCCAAAGCUCUCUCCCCCCAUAAAAAGCUCCGCCAUUGUCGGAGUCAGGAGGCUUUCUCGCGGGCCGCCACCAUGAAGUUCAACCCCAAUUCCGGCUCCCCUUCCCAAACCCUAACGGCGGCCACCGCGUCGUCCAACGACCCCCGCUUCCUCGUCCGCGAGACUCUCCGGAUCAGCGCCAACCUCGCCUCCUCCGCCCCUCCCGCGCCCGAGGCUCCCACCGAUUGCGCCUCCAGAUUGCUCUGCUGCGAGGAGAUUGACGGCCGCCUGUGGAAGUACUUUCCCGAUGGCCGCGUGGAUUGCGGCGCGAUCAAAUCGAGGAGCACCUCCAUUCGCGCUGUUGGGUCGCAGAGCCCCCAACUUCCAUUUCGUGAUCUGAAGUCAUUUAUAACAUCUUAUGUGGUUCCUGAAGGUUUCCCAGACAGCGUUAUACCUUCAUAUGUGCCAUACAUGACCUGGAGGGCUCUAAAGUACUUUUGUGGAGGAGCAAUGAGUGUUUUUACAACACAAACACUUCUAGGCUCAGUUGGAGUGUCUAAAAAGAAUGCUGCUCAGAGUGCCGUAGCUAUCAACUGGGUACUCAAGGAUGGUGCUGGCCGUAUUGGAAAGAUGCUUUUUUCACGUCAAGGAAAGAAAUUUGAUUAUGAUUUAAAACAGCUUAGGUUCACAGGAGAUCUCUUCAUGCAGCUGGGAGCUGCCGUCGAAUUGGCUACUUCUGCUUUUCCCCAGCUUUUUCUUCCUUUAGCAUGUGCAGCCAAUGUGGCCAAGAAUGUAGCUGCUGUCACAUCAACAUCAACUCGUACUCCUAUAUACAAGGCCUUUGCUAAAGGUGAAAACAUUGGUGAUGUAACUGCUAAAGGGGAGUGUGUGGCCAAUCUUGCAGAUCUGCUUGGCACUGGGAUGAGCAUCAUGAUAUCAAAAAAUAACCCAUCCUUAGUGACUGCAUUUUCCCUCCUUUCAUGUGGAUAUCUUUUCAGCUCUUACAAUGAGGUGAAAUCGGUUGUUCUGUGCAGUUUAAACAGUGCAAGAUUUACUGUUGCAGUGGAAUCCUACUUGAAGACAGGUAGAGUUCCAACAUUGCAGGAAGGAAAUUCAAUGGAAAGUGUGUUUAGCUUCCCAUGGAAGAAACAGAGACCUAUUGUUCUUGGUCCAAGAUUCAAAGAGGCAUUUCAAGAUCCUGACUCUUAUCUUUCUUUGAAGCCUAUUUUUGAAAGGGAACAAUAUAUUGUGACAUACAAUCCUUUGAAGGGUAACAUAUAUGCGUUGUUUAAGGAUAAAGCAAAAUCUGAUGAUGUGCUCAAAGCUGCUUUCCAUGCACAUGUUCUUCUGCACUUCAUUAAGUCAUCCGAGCAUCAGUCUUUGUCCAGGAACCAAAUGCAGGACAAUCACUCUCUUUCUUUGACCUCAAGCGCUAAUUUUAAUGCUCAAGUUGCAGAAUCUUAUAAAAUGGUCUCAGCUCUGUAUGCACCUUUUAAGAAUAAAGCCAAAGAACAGGGGUGGGUAAUGUCAGAAUCACUGCUUAAUCCCGGUCGAGCACGCCUUUGUGAAGCUGUCGAAUAAAAAUGUUUUUCGCCCUUCCAAAUAUUGACGAAAAAGUUUUGUGAAAGUGUAUCAUAGUAAACCAGCUUAAGACAGACAACAGACAUUUCUUUGCUCAUCAACACAGAUGAUUUGUACCUGUAUGUAGUAGCUUGGAUUAUCUCAAUGCAAGCAGGAAAUAUGCCACCUGCUUUUUAUUACCAGAGGGUUGAUAGCAUAUGUAAUAGUUAUUUUUUUUUAAUUAUAAUUUUUUUUCUUAAAUGCGUAAUUUCUAGUGGGGUGGUUUUGUAAGUGUGUAACAAUUUAUUUGUUCUACUACCAAGUACAAGAGCAAUGUGUAAACUCGAUCAACACAAUCCCUGUAGGUAUAUACGUUA